UGAGCCCUGCAAUUCUUUUCAAGAAGUACUUAAUGGAAGUAAUGAAACUCUUGUUUGUUGGAAUAGGAAGUUGGUUGUUUCCAAGAAGGAAAGAGAUAAGUGAAGUAUAGCAUCAAGAAGAAUCUUUUGCAGUUUAUUUUGUCUGUCUUUGAGAAUAGAAGAUAUGGGGAUGACCCGUUUGGGUUGUUAUUAGCUGUCUCUGAUUCUGCGGGAAUAAUUGGAAAGUAGUACGAUUCUUAUAGAAAAAGAAGGGAGAGGACAGGGGUGAUCAGAAAGAGAUUGAUUCUGGUUUGGAAAGAUUAUGCUGAAGAUAUUGAAACCUUCAUAAACAUGGGGUCAAUUUUGGAAGUUAAUUUCGGUUACGAAAUAGAGCAGAUACAGCAUCGUUCUUGCUUUUGAGAACUUGCAGUCUUUUCCCAGGAGUGAGAAUAGUUAUUAGAAAAGGGUAAUCUUCUUUUAAAUUUAAAAGGAAAAGACCGUUAAUCAUUUGGUUGUGUUUUUGGAAGAUGGGAUCAUUUCCUGGUCAUGUUCUUCCAGGAACGUUAUUUCUUCUUGUUGGAAUAUGGCAUACAUGGUGUUCUAUAGAACGAUACGUAUCGAAUCCGAAAUCUUUUCGUGUCAGGGUAUGGAAUCCUAUUCCCGGUUUUGAUGGGAAGCUCAAGUAUUUGGAGCUGUAUGUUAUAACAAUUGGAUCUUUUAUUGAUAUGUGUAUAGAGCUGCUUUAUUCUACCCAUCUUAAGUGGUUUGUCAAUGGAAUGCUGAAUCCCGGACACAUGAAUAAUUUUGAGCAUGGUGGAAUGCUUCUCAUGUUUUUCAUCUUCGGCUUGAUCGCAUUGCUUUCUGAGAAGACAAGCUAUCUUCCCUUGCCAGAUGGAGCUUUGUGCUUGAUUGCUUCCAGUGCAUUUUGUGCCGAGUACUUCUUGUUCUACUUUCAUUCAACUACCCAUCAGGGCCUUGAGGGGUAUUACCACCUCAUACUCGUUAUCCUCAUAUGCCUCUGCAUUUUCUCUACGGUCGCCGGAGCCCUAAUGCCAACUAGCUUCCCUGUGGAUUUGUUUAAUGGCAUUGUCAUAACUCUUCAAGGCCUCUGGUUCUACCAAACGGCGUUCACUUUGUAUGGUCCGAUGAUGCCAAACGGCUGCUGGCUCAAGGCAGACCAAAUAGCAUGCCGUUCAAAGGAGAGUGAGAUCCGGGGCGAGCUGCUUGCUAAUUUCCAGCUAUUUUCUCAAGUUCUUGGAGUCCUGGUUGCCACCAUAGGAGCUUACUGUUUUGCACAUUCAGUAAAUAGUCACACUGAUCUUAGGAGUUCACAAACACCUGAGGAUGGAUAAGAUGGCAUUCAAACUGUAAAUCAAUUUUGGAUUCUACUCCAUUUUUGCGGACUCUGUUACAAAGGAAGGCAUAUAGAGAUAGGGGUGUGUGUGUGUGUGUGUGUGUAUGUAUAUAUAUACACACAUAUAUACCCUUAACUGUCCUGAUCUUUAGAGCUAGGUGUCUGUAGGUACAAAUAGAAUUAGUCUUGACUUUCAUGAAUUACAAGAAUGUGUAAAAAGGUUGAAGCAAUUUGUUAUCUGCGAUUUGAACAUCCUUAUCAUAUG